CUCCACUUGUAGUUUUUCUAUCGGAGCAGAGAGAACAGAGGAAGUAGAAUGGCCAGAACCAAGCAGACCGCCCGGAAAUCCACCGGAGGAAAAGCUCCCAGGAAGCAGCUGGCCACCAAGGCUGCCCGGAAGAGCGCCCCAGCCACCGGCGGCGUCAAGAAGCCUCACCGUUACCGGCCCGGUACCGUGGCUCUGAGAGAGAUCCGUCGCUACCAGAAAUCCACGGAGCUGCUCAUCCGCAAGCUGCCCUUCCAGCGCCUCGUCAGAGAGAUCGCUCAGGACUUCAAGACCGACCUGCGCUUCCAGAGCUCGGCCGUCAUGGCUCUGCAGGAGGCCAGCGAGGCUUACCUGGUCGGCCUGUUCGAGGACACCAACCUGUGCGCCAUCCACGCCAAGAGGGUCACCAUCAUGCCCAAAGACAUCCAGCUGGCCCGCCGCAUCCGUGGAGAGAGAGCUUAGACUCAAACACACUUUACCUCACACACCACGGCUCUUUUAAGAGCCACACAUUUUCAUUAAAGGAGUUCUACGUCCAAUAUGGUACAUAAUAAUAAUAGCUUAUUUUCAUCUAG